ACAUUUAAUUUUACAUGUAAAAAAAAACUUGUCUCUCUUGAACGAAGAAUUAAUUUUCUGUUAGUUAUUAAAUAAAAAUUACACAAAAUAUUCAUUAAAAACAAUUGCAAAACAAUGAAAACUUUGUAAAUCAAUAAUAUCAUAAUCGUUUAAACAUAUUUUACUGACGAAAUGGGCCCGCCUAACAAUCGCACCAAGUCUCGGGUCCCCAAGAUGACCACCCAGACACUGCUCGACUUUGAUCUGGGAGAGAGUUCGUCGGACAGCGAUUUCCGUAUUGAGGACCAUGACGAGAGUGACGAUGAUUUCUCGGAUGGGUCGAAAGGCAAGGAGAGCAAUCAAGGUGGCGAUGGCAACUCGGAUUCCAGUUCGGAUGACGACGAUGAUGACAGUUCGGGGGAUGGGAGCGAAUCCAGCUGCUCCGAUCUGAAGCAUCUUUUUGAAGAUGCAGAACUUAAGCCGCCAAAGGUUGAGACUAAGAUCAAGGAAGCUCUGACAAAAGUUAUCACAUCCGCGUCUCUAAAGGAUAAGUUGCCUGCAAAACCAAUUUGUUGCGUCUGCUUGGGUGAUCGAAGUGAUGAUACCAACGAAGUAAUCGAGUGUGACAGCUGUGGCGUGUCUGUUCAUGAGGGUUGUUACGGCGUAAGUGACACAGCCAGUGUGUCAAGCACAACAUCUUCAUGCUCAACCGAACCAUGGUUCUGCGAAGCUUGUCGGGCCGGGGUAACGAAUCCUUCGUGCGAACUUUGCCCCAACAAAGGAGGCAUCUUCAAGGAAACCGAUGUUGGCAAAUGGGUACAUCUCGUGUGUGCCCUCUAUGUCCCUGGCGUUGCAUUCGGAGAAGUAGAUCAACUAUCAUCGGUGACUCUCUUCGAAAUGCAAUACAGCAAAUGGGGAGCCAAGACUUGUACCCUUUGUGAAAAUGAGCGUUUCUCUAGAACUGGCGUUUGUAUUGGUUGUGAUGCUGGAAUGUGCAAGACAUUUUUCCAUGUUACUUGUGCCCAGGCCGCGGGAUUUUUAUCCGAAGCACAUUCGGAGGAAGCAGAUCACGCGGAUCCCUUCUACGCACACUGCAAGGUGCAUUCCGACAAAACGAUGAUUAAACAUCGAAAAAGACAUUUCAAUACAAUUAAGUUGGUAAUGGAGCACAAGAACUUGGAAAAGCAAGAACAAAAAAAUGAAGAUCCAACACCUGGUCAAGUUCGGAUCCAAAGAAAGUUGGCAAAGUACCAAAACAAGUACAGAAACAAUAAACAUCUUAAAAUCGAACCAUGGGUUCCAACUCAGAAGAUUUCAAGAUUACUGACCACUAGCGCCACUGCUUGCAAUCGUCUCCUAAUGAAAGCCGAAAUAAUGGACGUUGACAUAGCCGCUUUGGAACUACAAGAAGCUCAGAUCUCAGCCCUCACAGACAUUCGAAAGAAAUGGCAUAUUGCGCCGGCAUUUAGUGUGGAAUUCAUAGGCUACUACCUCGACAGAAUUUCACGCAUUAAAGACCUCAAAUGCAACCUAGAACAGAUGAUCGAUGCGAAUACAAAUUUGCUAGGCGAACAACAGAGCCUUCGUGACGAGUACGAUUCCAAAGUCAAGUCAAAUACCGACAUAAAGGCAAAGCACGAAGCACUGCAGGCCAGUGUCCGUGAAAUGCAUAAGCAGAUAGAAUCCCUCUGUCCCAGCAAAACAAUGCCAACUCUGGAAAACAUCGGACGCCAAGUAGCUGCUCCAAGUCCAGUUGUAACUCCGCCCUCUCGUCCAAUGUCGGUUCCCACAGCAGCUGCCCUCAAAAUGGGAGUUGGUUUCCCCCUGGCCCAUCUGCCCGGCAUUAAAGAUGACACCGGCCGUGUGUUGAGCACGCAAUCGCAGAACAAAGCUGCCCUGGUGCACGAGUGUGGCAUCUGUAAACGCUGCAACGACCAGCAUUUGCUAGCCAAAUGCGACACCUGUCAUUUUCACUAUCAUUUAGGAUGCUUAAACCCACCGCUCACUCGACACCCCAAAAAGUCUAAGCUCUAUGGUUGGCAAUGUUCCGAAUGUGAUAAGUCUGAAGAUUCCGAUGCGGUGCCGGAUAUGCCCAAGGGUCCGAGAAAAUCACGAACACGCUUUAGCAAAGACGGAACAAUUGUGCCCGCCGAUCCGAAUCUCUCCAGCUCAAAUCCCGAAACUAGUAUGUCCCCGAAAUCUAUAUCACCCAUUAAGAGAAGAUCAACAGAUACGACAAUUCGUGUGGGAGGAGGUCCAAAACGUUCAUCAUUGGAAUUCAAUCAGAACGGAAAGUCGCUUGCUAGUCUUCCAGCACCUAAGCCCUUGCGAAAAUCUGUUGACGCACCGAAAAAGAUUGAGGACACAUUGAAUGCUGCCAAGAGACCCCGAUCGAAAAUCAUCGAUUAUAGUCCUCUUAUCACACACAAUCCACAAGUUGUUCUCGAGGAUGCAUUGAAAUCGGUUUCGGUGAAAAAAUUCGCAUCAAUAUCAAAUUUCCCUGAAUUUUCUGAAGCAGUUAGUGAAGCACAUAAGAAUUCGGCGGCAGCAGCGGCGGCGACAAAAGAAGACCCACUCGCAACAACAUCAGAAGAUGCCAAAUUAUUGGCUAAAGGGGUUUUGGAUUUAAGUUCAGGGCAAACGCUAACUGCCAGUCAGAGUACAAGUGCUAGUGCUCUAACUAGUCUGGACAGCUCAAUCGGUUUCGAAACAACAAACAAAGAGGUGCAUAAUAAGAACCGCAAGAAACGCAGUAAAGAUAAGCACAAAAGCAAGUAUUCGUCGGACAACGAAAAGUCGCCAUCGAAAGAGCACAAACGGAAACGUAAAAAGAAGAAUCACGAUGCCGAGAAUCCCAAUGACAAUGAGCCGGCUAUUCCUAAAAUUAAAAUUAAAUUCAAAACAUUACCACUACCCGGAGAGGUAGCACCAGAAGCACAUUUUUUCUAUGUUUCUGCCGAUAUGGUGCGUUCGCGCCCAACAUCUGUUGAAACUGUCGAAGACUUAUCAUUAAAUGCGGACGAAGCUUCGCAAAAUGAAACUUCGGUAUCACCUGAAGUUGUGAAAGCUCCACCUGAAGUUUCAAAAUCACCAGUUAAACAGCCUACUAAAACAGCACAAACUUCAACGCCAAGCACAAAAGUAGUUCCACCAAUACCAGCCGUUCGGCAGGCGUCACCGAGAAAGGCAAACAAACGAACUUCUCUAAGCUUAUCUUCAUCAUCUAGUAUGCAGCAUCCGCCGAAAGAUGUUAUCUGUGAUGUUUGUAAAGAAUCAGGAACAGCACAAAAUCUCGUCUUUUGUGACGAAUGCCGAAAAAAUUAUCAUUUUACAUGUCUUGAUCCACCACUUAAGAAAACACCCAAGCGCAGAGGUUAUUCUUGGCACUGUGCUGAUUGUGAUCCAACUGAUGUUGAAACAACGUAAUCAUGUACAAAGAGACAUUUAAGAUUUAAAAUAAUAACAAAACUAUAAGUUAGAAUAUAAAAUUCAUCACUCCCACGAAACCAUAAAAAAAUAAAAACAAAACCAAACAAUUUAUAAAAAGCUAUCGGAGCAAAUCAAGAGAUGCGAAAUAAGAUGAACCUAUUUGUGUAUUUAGUAUUUAAACAUUUUAUUAAAAAAUAUUCUUUAUUAACUUUUUACAUUGCAACAAUUAAACUCUUCGACUUAAACCUA